AUGAGCACAGUCAUGGAGGAAAGCAAAAUGGAAAUCGAGGCGAACGAGGCGAAUAAAGAAAAUGAGUGCGAGGGAAAGGCGAUCGAAGGGUCGAACGAGGGAAACACCAACGACGAAACGUGCGUCAACAGUGGCAGCAAUGAGAACAGCAACGGAAACGGUGAAAGCGGCGAAAACGGUGAAGGCGGCGAAAACGGCGAAGGUGGCGAAGGCGGCCAAAAAAGCGGCGACAACGAGAAGGGCAACGAAAACGAAAGCAAGGCCGAAAAUGAGGAGAACAAAAGCAGCAACCGCUGGGCGGAUAUGUGCGAGGACUACGACGCUCCCUUAGUUGACACGUACAACGACGACAACGACAUGAAGCACAAAACGACGGAUAGCAACUUUAACGACAUGAAUAGCAGCAUGAAGCAAAAUUAUUUCAUGUCAAACAAAAAUGACAUGAGCAACUUCGCGCCGAGCUACGAAGUGUACAUCCGGAACCUGCACCUGGAGAUAACGAAGGAGGAAGUGUACAACUUGUUCGAGGGGUACCGCAUCAGGAGGGUGAACAUUUUAAAUAAAAAGGGCAAAACGGCGGCAGCGUAUGUCGAGUUUGACAAUGCGGAGGACAUGAACAGGUCGCUGGAGCUCAAUGGGAGGAUGAUUUACUCGGGAAACAACACAUUCGAGCAUGGAGCCAUAUCGGUCAUAAUAAAUAAGGACAAAAUGAAAAACUUCCACACCAAUCAGAAGCAAAAUAAGUAUAAUAAAAAAAUUAUCGGCAGGAAUAAUAACAGCUUUGCAAACCUGCGACAGGGAAAUAACAAUAUGAGCAACUUGAUGAGCAACUACAACGCGGGAGGGAAUAGCAACCUGGGUGGCGGCAACCUUGGUAGUGGCAACCUCGGCAGUGGCAACCUCGGCAGUGGCAACCUCGGCAGCGGCAACAACAUGAACAGUAGUAACAAUAGCCCCUUCGGAAUGAAUAACAAUAUGUACUACAAUGACAGCAACAAAAAUUUGAAGAUGGACAUGAAGGGGAACCCGAUGAAUAGCAGCAACAACAUGAAUACAAGUUUUAAUAACUACACACACAUGAAGUUAAAUUAUAUGAACAAUAGCAACAGCAGUGGUGCAGGUGGCAUGCACAUGAACCAAGGAAGCAACAGUAAUACCCACCUACUGAAUGACAAAAUGAAUAGCAGUGCUGGGUUUGCCUUUAAAAGUAUGAACAACUACCCCAACAGUAGCAACAACAAUCAUGGGGGGAAAAAUAUCAACCUGAACAGUGAAGGCAAUGCCAAUACGUCUACCUUACCAGAACAGAGGAAAAAGCUAGUCCUGAAGAAACGCUCCGUGCCCUUGGAUCAAAAGACGUAUGUUAUCAACCCGAACAUCUUUGGAGAGGCCAAACCGGUUGAUACCAACCCGGACAAAAUUCUAGGCGAUAACGUUACGAAGGAGAAAGAAUUAAAUGCUACUACGAAUAACGCUGGCGAAGAGGGGGAUAAGAAGCAGGAAGGACAGGAAGAUGACGACGCGCAGCAGAAGAGGUCCAUCGGGAUGAACAAUGAAAAUGAUGGGAACAGCAUGAACGACCCGAACAGUAGCAGCGGCGGAAAUAAAAACGUGUUUAAUUACAAAAAGAACAUGAACAAUGCAGGCAGAAAUUUUAACUAUAAUAGCAACUUCCAAAGCAACAACAAUAGCAGUGGCGGUAACACCCCGGGGGGGAAAUACUCCAAUACUAAGAAGAUCUUCAUGAUGAAUAAGAAUAAUAACCCCAGUAAUAACCCCAACAGUGGGAUGAAGAAAAAUUUAAACAGCUUUGAUAAUAACCUGAGCGGGGGCAAGAGCAUGGGAAAUAGCGGCUUGAACAGCCCGCGCAGCCCCAAUGCGAGCAACCUCGGCCCGGACUCGAACAACAGCACGGGGAACAUGAAGAGGAUGAACAUGGGCAGCAAAAACUACAAAAAUGCAGACUUGAAUAAUAGUGCAAACUCCAACCCAUUCAGCAGCAAUGUAAAGAACAUGAACGCGGAUGACAACAAGAAGGGGUUGAACCUCAGAGGAAUGCAUGGUCACCAUAACGCCUUCGAAAAUAAAAUGUUCGGAGGGGCGAACGCAGAUGGGGAUGGGGCGGCGAAUAAUGCCUCUGGGGGGGGAAACCCUUCUGGGCAUGACUCGAAGGACAUGUUUGCGAACUUCCGAAGCGGGAACCUAAAAAUGGAGAAGAAAAGCAGCGAGUCGCCCUUUUCCAGUGGGAAGCAGAAGGAACUGAACGUCCUCAAGAAGGACGACAAGGCGAACAUCAAGAAUAUCAUCAUGAAGAAUAUGAAGCGGGAGGAUGGCGACGUCGGCGGUGUUAGCGGUGUUAGCGGUGUUAGCGGCGUUAGCGGUGUUAGCGGUGUUAGCGGCGUUAGCGGCGUUAGCGGCGGAGGGUACAAACACAACAGCGGGAACAGCCCCCUCUUUCGCAACAACGAUUCUGGGGGACUCAACUUCAGGAUGAACAAAGCAGGCGGGUCUACUGGUGCCUCCAAAAUGAACUCGGACAAUGACGGAGGUAAGGACCACAUGAUGAGUUACAAAAAGAUGAAUGAUGCCAGUUUUAAGAAAGGAGAAGAGCCAUUUGAGAAUAUGAACCGAGGCCCCAACAGGAACAUCAACAGGAAUAACAGCUCCUAUGGAAAUGCCACUUCUUCCCAAGGAGCGAGCGCGGGGGCAUCUGCCAGUAACAGUCGAUCUGGCGGAGCCACCACCGGAGGAGCGGCAGCAGCAGAUAGCUACACCGCAGGGGGGGGAGACAACUCCUACAAUUACAACAUUGAAAAUUUGUAUGACAGCUCGUUGAAGUAUGUAAAGAAUGCCAAUAACUCCAGUAAGGCGAAAAAGAUCACCGCGGUGAAAACGGUGAAGGUUAUCGCGACGGAGAAGAAGAACGAUGAUGACGAUGACUCGGAGGAGCUGAAAGAUAAGAGUGGAAAGGAUGACCCGAAUAAUGACGGAGCGGGGGAUGACCACAACGCGGGUAGCGGUACGGGUAGCGGAAACAACAACAACAGUGGUAGUGGUGGCCAUGGAAAGGGAUUUGACAAAAGCGGAAGGGAAGAUAAGUACCAUGAUGAGAAGAAGCUAGGGAACAAUUAUGACGACUCGGCCAGAAGCAAUGAUAACUACACGUACGAAACGGAUAGCUCCGAAAAUUGCAAAGAUAUUACAACGACCAAUUUGAAGUCCACCCUGCUGCAUACCAAGACGAAAAAGAGAGUUAAAAAGAAAGCGGUUGAGGAAGGCGAUCAGAACAACGGAAAUAACCCUAAUGAGGAGAAUGCACAGAAUGGCCAAGGAGGAGCUACAGGAACUAGCAAGGGACAGAAAAUCGACAUUUUGAUGAAACCCAAUUUGAAGAAGGGGGAAAAUAUUUGGGAAGCGAGAACCCAUCUGCUGGUGGAGCAGAAGGAGAACAGCCUGAAAAAUGACAAAGCGUCGCACGACGGCUCCAGGAGGAGUCGCUCCCCCUCGAACAAGGUCAGUCGUGGUAGUAGUCGCCGCAGGGAUGGAAGCAAGCGAAGGGAUAGCAGCAGCAGGAGGAGAGACAGCAGCAGUAGGAGGCGAGACAGCAGCAGCAGGAGGAGAGACAGUAGCAGCAGGAGGAGAGACAGUAGCAGCAGGAGGGACCGACACGGACGCAGGUAUGAGAGGCGAGAGGACCGCCGGGAUGACCACCGAGAAGAUCGCCGAAAGGAUGACCGGGAUGAUCGUCGGGAUGACCGCCGAAAGGAUGACCGGGACGACCAUCGAGAUGACCACCGAGAUGACCGCCGAGACGACCACCGAAAGGAAGACCGAAAAGACAGCAUCAGCAGCAACGGGGAAAAAAGGGAAGACGAUAAAAAGGAGGAAGAAAAGGAGGAGGACUCCUACGACUACAGAAAGAAAAGCAGGAAUUAUGACAAGUAUAGCAGCCGAGGCAACCACUAUGAUAGGAAGCGAAACGGCAAGUACGGCGCGCCGGACAAAAAGGGGUACGACGUUAAGAGCUACGCCUCGGACGACAAGAGGAGGCACGGCGACUCGUACGACAGGGGGAGCUACAAGGACGGGUACGACCGAGGCAGCUACAAGGACGGGUACGACCGAGGCAGCUACAAGGACGGGUACGACCGAGGCAGCUACAAGGACGGCUACGAGAGGGGCAGCUACAAGGACGGUUACGAGAGGGGUAGCUACAAAGAUGGGUACGAUCGAGGCAGCUAUAAGGACGGCUACGAAAAGGGAAACUACAAAGAUGGGUACGACCGAGGCAGCUACAAGGACAGUUACGAUAGGGGAAGCUACAAGGACGGCUACGACCGAGGCAGCUACCGAAACUCGCACGACCGCAUAAGCUACAAAGACAGCUACGACCGAAGCAGCAACUACGUGGAAUAUGAUAAAAUGGACAACAAAUAUUACUCAAAUAAUUACAACUCCAUGAAGCAUAAAAACUACAAGCACCAUCACAAUGGUCAUGGCAAAAUGAGCAACUACAGUUACCAAAAUAACUUUAAGUCCGGUCAUUACUAUAAGUACCCUGCGAAGGGGGGCCAAGGGACCUACUACAGCAAUAGCAAGAACGUCAGCAAGGCUAGUGAGAAGGAGAAGACGGAGGCCAAGGCUGAGAUACAGGCCAUCCCGAAGAAGGCCAUCGUCACCACUGUUAAGACCAACAACGUUUCGAUUAAGAAGAACCGUUACGAGUGUUUGGACGAUGGCGACGAGAGCGACAAGUGAGCGGUGUGCAUGCGAGAGCGCUGCGCGUGUGUGUAUACGCAUAAAUGUAUGUAUAUAUAUGUAUGUAUGUAUGUAUGUAUGUAUGUAUGUAUGU